GUCAGCAGAGCUGCGGUCGAGACAAGUCUCUCAGUUUGUCUCUAAAGAAACAUUCAACUUUUCUCAAAAAAACAGCAGAAUCUCUGCCAAACCCUGUGUCUGAGUCACACAACUUCUGUAAAACCUGCAUCACUGAACACUGGAAUAUUAAUGUCCUGUGUCAGUGUCCCAACUGUGAAGAGGUUUUCAACACAAAACCUGAGCUGCAGGUCAACACUUUCAUUUCUGAGAUGGCUGCUCAGUUCAGACAGUCAGCUCAACAGAAAGCCAGCAGCAGCAGCUCAGAGCAACAAGCUGCCAAACCAGGAGAAGUUCCCUGUGACGUCUGCACUGGAACCAAACUGAAGGCCCUGAAGUCCUGCCUGGUUUGUCUGGUGUUUGUCUUCAUGCUCUGGAUGGUUUUCGACAACAAGACACACGAUGCUGAAAUCCAGAAGAGACAACUGAAGAUUGAGGAGAUCAAACGCUCAGUGGAGCUCAGUAAGGAAGAUGCAGACAGAGAGAUAGCAGGUGGUGUUCAGGUCUUCAGCGCUCUGAAGGAGUCUGUUGAGAGAAGCCAGGCCGAGCUCAUCGACACGAUCAAAGAGAAGCAGAGAGAGACAGAGAAACAGGCUGAAGGCUUCAUCAAAGAGCUGGAACAGGAAAUCUCUGAGCUGAAGAAGAGCUCUGCUCCACCCACCAAAAACUGGACAGAAGUCAGCGUCCGUCCACCUUCAUAUGAGGGGACUGUGAGGAGAGCUGUGAAUCAGCUGGAGGAGACGCUCAGUGAACAGAUGAAGAAGCUGCUGGAGGCCGAGCUGAAGAGGGUCCAGCAGUAUGCAGUGGAUGUGACCCUCGAUCCUGAUACAGCACAUCCCUACCUCAUCCUGUCUGAUGAUGGAAAACAAGUACUUGAUAGUGAUGUAAAGAUGAAUCUUCCGGACAAUCCAGAGAGAUUUAAUCAUGUUGUUGUUGUCUUAGCAAAGCAGAGUUUCUCUUCAGGAAGAUUUUACUACGAGGUUCAGGUUAAAGGGAAGACUAAGUGGACUUUAGGAGUGGCCAGAGAGUCGAUGAAAAGGAAGGGAAAAAUCACAGCGACUCCUCAGAAUGGUUACUGGACGAUAUGUUUGAGGAAUAAAAAUGAGUACUACGCUGGCCCUGAUUUUCGUCUCUCCACGGAGACUCGGCCUGAGAAGGUGGGGGUGUUUGUGGAUUAUGAGGAGGGUCUGGUCUCCUUUUAUGACGUUGAUGCUGCAGCUCUUAUCUACUCCUUUACUGGCUGCUGCUUCACUGAGAAACUCUACCUGUUCUUUAGUCCCAGUCUUAAUGAUUGUGGUGAAAACUCUACCCCUCUGAUCAUCUCUCCUGUCAGUGCGGAAUAAACACUUUCUACGUUUAAUGUAAUAAAAUGUAUAUUUGUUGCUGAUGUUCGGUGUAUACGGUGUUGAUUUCUUAGGAUUUUGAUCAAUGCGUUUUUCCCAGAUUUUUUAAAAAUGCAAGUACAACUACAGUUUUCCUCAGUGAUGGAGGCGUUGUGUAAUAUUUGCUAUCUUAAAUGUAUAAAUGUUAUAAGAUAUAGUUACUAUAUAUUGCAAUACAAGCCACUUUUGUUCAAACAGCUCUACUGGCAAAUCUUUCUAUAUAUGUUUAAAGAAAUACUAUCCUAUCAUGUAUUCCUUGUCGCCUUUAAAGUUGUGGAUAAGGUUUGGUAGUCGACGUGGGGGAAUAUACGCUGACCAGUGAUCACGCAGUACACAUAAGAAAGAGCGAGAAUAGCAUGAGGACAUCACAAAGGGAAGAUGAGUCCAUGUGAAGGAAAAGUACCUGCAAGUCCGCCAACAAUUAUGUCACCACUGUAAACUGGUUUAAGCUUGUCAAAACCAGAAAGACCCCACUGUGGAAAAUACUUCUGGCCUAGUUGUGUGAAAUGUAUUGUAUAACAAAGAAUCAGACAAAACACUGGUAGAAAAUGAAGGAAUGGAAAAUCACUAAGGACGAAAGUUUUGGAUUGGAAAAAUCUUGAAACCUGCAAGAUGUAACUCGGUUUUUGUCUUGAAAAAGAAUAAAGACUUGACUUGCAUCAUU